AUGGCGAAUCUUCCUAGCUUCGGCUUCUCCUGCACUUCCAUCGUCGUUCUGUCACUGUUGCGACUCUCAAGUGCAGCCGACACCCUCAGUUCCGCUCAAUCUAUCAGAGAGGGAGAGACGUUAGUUUCCCCGGGUCGAAAGUUUGAGCUUGGUUUCUUCUCUCGCGGAAGCUCGAAGAACUGUUUCCUGGGGAUAUGGUUCGUGGCGAGUCCUGAAACGGUUGUUUGGGUUGCUAACAGGAACAGUCCGCUCACUGAUUCAAAUGGUACUCUGGAGUUAAGCAACGAAGGUGAACUUGUUCUUCUGAACCGGUCAAAGAGCGUCAUUUGGUCGACCAAUUCGACCAAGGUUCUUGGAAACCCAGUUGCACAGCUCCAGGAUUCUGGUAACCUUGUUCUUAUGGAACGUAACAGUUUAGAUCCAGCUGGCUACUCAUGGCAGAGCUUUGAUUACCCAUCAGACACGCUUUUGGUUGGUAUGACAGUGGGAUGGAACUUUAGAACCGGUUUGGAACGUCAUCUGACUUCCUGGAGAAGCACGGACGAUCCUUCCCCUGGAGACUAUACACUCAGAUACAAAAUUGACGGUUUACCUCAAAUCGAGAUAGCCAGCAAUGGUUCCGUCAAAGUUUAUCGAACUGGGCCCUGGAAUGGAAUUGGAUUCGGCGCUGAUGCCAAGGAGUCAUCUUCUGUUGUUGAAGUCCGCUCUGUUUACAACGAAACAGAUGCCUAUUUUGCGAUUGAAAGCUUCAAGGAAGAUAUCACUGCAAGGGUCACAUUAAGCCUGGAUGGUCCUUUGCAGUGUCUUCUACUGAAGAGUGGAAGCGCAAACUGGGAUCCGAUUAUCUCGUUCCCUUACGACCCUUGUGAUAGCUAUGGAAAUUGUGGCCCUAAUGGCGUGUGCCGAGUUAAUGAAAGCCCAAGAUGCCUCUGCUUGCAGGGUUUUAUACCCAAGUCACAAGUAGAGUGGGACAUGCUCAAUUCGACAGGCGGGUGCUUAAGGAAAGUUCCAUUGAAUUGUACUCGUCGUGAGGGUUUUACUAAACUUUCGCAGGUUAAGUUACCUGACCUCGUAGAUUUCCAGUUAUUCAAGAAUAUGAGCCUUGAGGAGUGCAAGGUUGAGUGUCUAAAGAAUUGUUCUUGCAUGGUUUAUGCUAACUCGGAUAUUAGAGGAGCAGGCUGCUUGAUGUGGUUUGGCGAUCUCAUUGAUAUUAGGGAAAUUAACAUUGUUGGUAAUGACCAAUAUCUCUUCCUACGACUACCUGCUUCUGAAUUAGAUUCAAACCAUAGUCCAACCAAGAAAAUGGUGACUAUCACUGUGGCUUCAGCCAUUUCGGGAUUGCUUAUUGCGGUCACGGCAUUGAGCAUAAUUUGGAAAAGAAGAAUGAAAAGCAGAGGCUUGCCAAGUGGGAUGGAUGACAUUGACUUGCCAUUGUAUGAUUUUGCUACAGUUGCCGUUGCUACCAACCAUUUCUCUCAAACAAACAAGCUAGGAGCCGGCGGCUUCGGUUCGGUCUACAUGGGAACUCUUUCCACAGGACAAGAAGUAGCGGUAAAAAGGCUGUCAAAAUAUUCGGGACAAGGUCCUGAUGAGUUUAUGAAUGAAGUACUUCUAAUUGCCAGGCUUCAGCACCGGAAUCUUGUUGGACUUGUUGGCUGCUGCGUUGAGGGAGAAGAGAGAAUGUUGAUUUAUGAGUAUAUGCCAAACAAAAGCUUGGAUUAUUUCAUCUUUGAUCAUGACAGAAGCUCCUCUUUGGCAUGGAAAAGGCGAUUUGAUAUUGCUUUAGGAAUCGCUCGAGGACUUCUCUACCUCCACCAGGAUUCAAAACUACAAGUGAUCCACAGAGACCUGAAAACAAGUAACAUCUUGUUAGAUGCUGACAUGAAUCCAAAGAUUUCAGAUUUCGGCCUGGCAAGGGUCUUUCGAGGAGAUGGCACAGAGGCAGAGACGAGAAGAAUAGUUGGUACAUAUGGUUACAUGUCCCCAGAGUAUGCUUUCGAUGGAAAAUUCUCUGUGAAAUCAGAUGUUUUUAGCUUCGGCGUGCUUUUGUUAGAGAUAGUAAGUAGCAAAAGGAAUAAAGGAUUCCAGCAUCCUGAUCAUCAUCACACCCUUCUUGGGCACGCGUGGAUGUUGUGGAGUGAAGGGAGGGCCACAGAACUCAUUGAUGAAUCUGUACGCGCCUCUUUCGUGGUGUCUCAAGCAGAGAGAUGUAUUCAGGUGGGCUUGCUGUGCGCCCAAAAGUUUCCUAAAGAUAGGCCGAUGAUGUCUAGCGUUGUUUUCAUGUUGGCGAAUGAAGGAGCAUCCUUGCCACCACCGAAAGAGCCAGGUUUCUUCGUCGAGAGAAGUUCGGGUAGCUCAGAUGCAUAUUUAGUUAAAGAAGAAUCGAACACAAAGAAUGUUGUUACAAUCACAUUGCCUGAAGGUCGAUAUCAAACAGGAGGGUCUGCAAUGGCUGAUCCUCCUAUCUUCUGUUUCUUCUUCACUUCCAUCGUCCUUCUGUCACUACUGUGCCUGUCAAGUGCAGCCGACACCCUGAGUUCAGCUCAAUCUAUUGGAGAGGGAGAGACGUUAGUUUCCCCGGGCCGAAAGUUUGAGCUCGGUUUCUUCUCUGCCGGAAGCUCGAAGAACGGUUUCCUGGGGAUAUGGCUCGUGGUGAGUCCUGAAACGGUUGUUUGGGUUGCUAACAGGAACAGUCCGCUCACUGAUUCAAAUGGUACUAUGGAAAUAAGCAACGAAGGUGAACUUGUUCUUCUGAACCGAUCAAAGAGCAUCAUUUGGUCGACAAAUUCGACCAAGGUUCUCCGAAACCCAGUUGCACAGCUCCUAGAUUCUAGUAACCUUGUUCUUAGGGAUCUAAACAGUUUAGAUUCAGCUGACUACUCAUGGCAGAGCUUUGAUUACCCAACAGACACGCUUUUGGUCGGUAUGACAUUGGGAUGGAACUUUAGAACCGGUUUGGAACGUCAUCUGACUUCCUGGAGAAGCGUGGAUGAUCCUUCCCCUGGAGAAUAUACAUUCAGCUACAAAAUUGAUGGUCUACCUCAACUCGAAAUAGCCAGCAAUGGUUCUGUCAAAGUUUCUCGAACUGGGCCCUGGAAUGGAGUUGGAUUCUCUGCUACUGCCAAGGUGUUCAGUACCGCUGUUAAAUCCUUCGCUGUUUACAAUGGAACAGAUGCCUAUUUUGCAUUCGAAACCUUCAAGGAAGAUAUCACUGCAAGGGUCACAUUAAGCCCGGAUGGUCUUUUGCAGUGUCUUCUACUGAAGAGUGGAAGCGCAAACUGGGAUCUGAUUUACUCGGCCCCUUACGACCCUUGUGCGAGCUAUGGAUAUUGUGGCCCUAAUGGCGUGUGCCGAGUUAACGAAAGCCCAAGAUGCCUCUGCUUGCAGGGUUUUAUGCCCAAGUCACAAGUAGAGUGGGACAUGCUCAAUUUGACAGGCGGGUGCAUAAGGAAAGUUCCAUUGAAUUGUACUCGUCGCGAGGGUUUUACUAAACUUUCACAGGUUAAGUUACCUGACCUGGUAGAUUUCCAGCUAUUCAAGAAUAAGAGCCUUAAGGAGUGCAAGGUUGAGUGUCUAAAGAAAUGUUCUUGCAUGGCUUAUGCUAACUCGGAUAUUAGAGGAGCAGGCUGCUUGAUGUGGUUUGGUGAUCUCAUUGAUAUAAGGGAAAUUAACAUUGUUGGUUAUGAUCAAUAUCUCUUCCUACGGCUACCUGCUUCUGAAUUGGCCCUGCCAAGUGGGAUGUAUGACAUCGACUUGCCAUUGUAUGAUAUUGCUACCGUUGCCAUUGCUACCAACCAUUUCUCUCAAACAAACAAGCUAGGAGCCGGCGGCUUCGGUUCGGUCUACAAGGGAACUCUUUCCACAGGACAAGAAGUAGCGGUAAAAAGGCUGUCAAAAUAUUCGGGACAAGGUCCUGAUGAGUUUAUGAAUGAAGUACUUCUAAUUGCCAGGCUUCAGCACCGGAAUCUUGUUGGACUUGUUGGCUGCUGCGUUGAGGGAGAAGAGAGAAUGUUGAUUUAUGAGUAUAUGCCAAACAAAAGCUUGGAUUAUUUCAUCUUCGAUCAUGACAGAAGCUCCUCUUUGGCAUGGAAAAGGCGAUUUGAUAUUGUUUUAGGAAUCGCUCGAGGACUUCUCUACCUCCACCGGGAUUCAAAACUACAAGUGAUCCACAGAGACCUGAAAACAAGUAACAUCUUGUUAGAUGCUGACAUGAAUCCAAAGAUUUCAGAUUUCGGCCUGGCAAGGGUCUUUCGAGGAGAUGGCACAGAGGCAGAGACGAGAAGAAUAGUUGGUACAUAUGGUUACAUGUCCCCAGAGUAUGCUUUCGAUGGAAAAUUCUCUGUGAAGUCAGAUGUUUUUAGCUUCGGCGUGCUUUUGUUAGAGAUAGUAAGUAGCAAAAGGAAUAAAGGAUUCCAGCAUCCUGAUCAUCAUCACACCCUUCUUGGGCACGCGUGGAUGCUAUGGAGUGAAGGGAGGGCCAUGGAACUCAUCAAUGAAUCUGUAUGCGCCUCUUUCGUGGAAUCUCAAGCAGAGAGAUGUAUUCAGGUGGGCUUGCUGUGCGCCCAAAAGUUUCCUAAAGAUAGGCCGAUGAUGUCUAGCGUUGUCUUCAUGUUGGCAAAUGAAGGAGCAUCCUUGCCACCACCGAAAGAGCCAGGUUUCUUCGUCGAGAGAAGUUCGGGUAGCUCAGAUGCAUAUUUAGUUAAGGAAGAAUCCAACACAGAGAAUGUUGUUACAAUCACAUUGCCUGAAGGUCGAUAGAAAUGCUACCGAGGAUGUGUCGGCAGAAUGUGUACUGACUUUCUCGAGUACAACAAAGGACGGAAGAAGCAUACGAUGUUGUAGGGUUGAAUGACAAAUUCUAGCAAUGGCUUUUCCUAGACUGUUGGAGAAGGGGGAUGGAAAACCUUCCACCUUCCUUCGACAUGGCUAAUUAUUUCAGACCUC